AUGAGUAUGUCAAAUGGUCCGAGUGCAAGAUCGUCAACUCCUACUAAUGAAACAAAACAUUCUCCGAAUUUUGCUGAUACACGAUUAAACGAUUUACUACCCGCAUUCCACCUUGAAAGUCUUAAAAACACUGUACCAAACAGUAUAUCAAGUACUGCCUCAAUGAUAUUUUCUCCUUUGACCCCUCGAGUUGUAAAAGGAGAUGCUGUGACAAUACUCUCUGAAUUUGCACCUCAAAUGAUGGAGCGACGCGUGCAGCAGUAUAUCAAUCCUAAUGUUCGUCAGGCAGAAAAUUCGAAUUCAAAUCAAAUUUCUUUGCCUGUAGAUGAAUGUUCAACACGCUCAACUACUCCAGUUCCCGAGGAACUUUUAGAAGCUACAGAUAUACCAGAAUCUAAGGCUCCUUUAUCAUUGAUUCAAGGUUAUAAAGUAACCUUUUCGGAGGCUGAUACAAUAAAUAGCAAAAGAAGAGGAAAACAUCAUAAACGAAAGGUUAAAGGCCUCUUACCAGGUGGAGAUGGGAUAUUCGAUGCUGAUUAUGAUUAUAAACCAUUAAAUCAACUAAUUGCUGAUCGUGAUAGGGUUGUUAAAGAAAAUGACAGAUUAAACCUACAUGAGUCGCGAACGAUAGCCGAAAUUAAAAGAAUUGAAAAAGAAAUCACCGAAUUGACCGCAAAAAAACUUAGUCUUGAGUCUAAUCUUACAAGUUUUUGCAUCAGAAAAGUUGACUUGAAUGACCAAUGUGAGUUUCAAAAGCUUCUUUUUGAUUUACAUCUUAAUGUCUUUAAAUUGGAAUUAAACUUGGUAAAUUUAGUGGAAGACUUAAACGAAAAAAUCGGCAAUUUUGGACUAGACGAUAAUCAUAAUGGACAAAAUACGCGUAUUAAGAAAGGAAAAACAAAUUUAAAACAGCAACAACCAGGAACCUGUAUAAAGGUUUUAGAAGGACACGAUGAUAUGAUUUUAUGUCUUGACUUUGAUAAACCUUAUGGUACUCUUGUAACGGCAUCUUUGGAUAGCACUUUGAGGUUAUGGGAUUUGACGAAUUAUCAAAAUUUGGGAAUUCUAGAUGGUCAUAAGGGCGUUGUAAAUUGCAUGCGUAUGGAUAAGUGUCACUUGGUUACCGGGUCUCGUGAUUGUACUAUUAGACAAUGGGAUAUCUCAAAGGUGUCAACACCUUCUAAAGUCAAACAGAUAUCUGAAGUAAAAUUUAAUCAGGUUUCAACAUCUAGUGAAAAUGUAUUACCUUUUAUUGGUGACGAUUGUUGGUUAGCAACAUUAGAAGGACACACAGGGAGUGUCACAUGUUUGCACUAUGAAAAUGAUUGUUUGGUAUCCGGUUCAUCAGAUAAGACUAUGAAACAAUGGGAUAUGGAAACAGGACAAUGUAUUUUAACAAUGGACAUUUUGUGGGCCAUGUCAAGUUCAAAAGCUGACCUUAAGCAAGUAGGUUUUUUCUCAGGCGAAUAUGCACUUGAAUAUGGAGAUUUUAUCGGAGCUCUACAAUUCCGAGAUGUUGGUCUGGCAAGCGGAACUGAAGAUGGUGUAAUUCGAAUGUGGGAUUUGAGAACAGGUCAAGCCCAUCGCACAUUGCUUGGUCAUACAGGUCCUAUAACGUGCCUUCAGUUUGAUGAUUUACAUGUCGUUAGUGGAAGUGUUGAUAAAAGUAUAAAGAUAUGGGACCUACGAACGGGAUCCGUAAUCGAUACUUUUUUGUAUGAUCACAGCGUUGUCAGUUUACAAUUUGAUCCUCAAAAAAUUGUCUGUAGCGCUGGCAGUAAUGAUAUAAAGUUAUAUAAUAGAAUUUCGUUUCAACAGUCUAAAUUCGAAGGACACAGUCAGCCUGUACGAUGUAUAAAAUAUAAAGGUUCAAUUUUAUCUUCGG